AUGUCAACAUGGAGGACCCCGACGAGAAGUCCAUCAUCACCUACGUGGUGUCCUUCUACCACUACUUCUCCAAGAUGAAGGCGCUGGCCGUGGAGGGGAAGCGCAUCGGGAAGGUUCUGGACCAAGCCAUGGAGAUCGAGGCCAUUGUGGAGCGGUACGAGGCCCUGGCGGCCGAGCUGCUGGCCUGGAUCCACCACACCGUCGCCGUCAUCACCAACCAGAAGUUCGCCAACUCCCUCAUCGGCGUCCAACAGCAGCUCCAGGCCUUCACCGCCUUCUGCACCUUGGAGAAACCCGUCAAGUUCCAGGAGAAGGGGAACCUGGAGGUCCUCCUCUUCACCAUCCAGAGCAAACUCCGGGCCAACAACCGCAAGCUCUACGUCCCCAGCGAGGGCAAGAGCAUCUCUGACAUCAACAAGGCUUGGACCUGCUUGGAGAAGGCGGAGCACGAGCGGGAGGCGGCGUUGCGCAACGAGUUGAUCCGGCAGGAGAAGCUGGAGCUUCUGGCCCAACGUUUCGACCACAAGGCUGGCAUGAGGGAGACGUGGUUGAACGAGAACCAACGCCUGGUCUCACAGGACAACUUCGGUUACGACCUCCCAGCCGUGGAGGCGGCCAUGAAGAAGCACGAGGCCAUCGAGGCCGACAUCUCCUCCUACCAAGACCGCAUCCAGGUGGUGGUGGAGUUGGCCCUGGAGAUGGAAUCCGAGGGCUACUACGACACCAAACGCAUCGGCGCCCAGAAGGACAACAUCCUCCGUUUUUUUUCCUUUGCCGACCGGUCCCGGCCCCGCCGCCCCCGCCUCGAGCAGAACUUGGCCCUCCAGAAGAUCUUCCAGGAGAUGGUCUACAUGAUCGACUGGAUGGAGGAGAUGCAGGUCCUGCUGGUCUCCAAAGAUUUGGGGAAGCACCUUCUGGAGGUGGAGGACCUUCUGCAGAAGCACGGCUUGCUGGAGGCCGACAUCUCCGCCCAGACCGAGCGGGUCCGGGCGCUCAACGCCGCCGCUCUCAAGUUCUCCGAGCUGGAAGGCUACCAACCCUGUGACCCCCAGAUCAUCUGCAACCGGGUCAACCACGUCCAGACGUGCCUGGAGGAACUGGGAGAGUUGGCCGGCAAGAGACGCAAAGAACUGGAAGACUCCCGUCAACUUUGGGCCUUCUUCCAGGAGAUGGAGGAGGCCGAAGGGUGGAUCCGCGAGAAGGAGAAGAUCUUGGCCGCCAAAACCUGCGGCCGGGACCUCAGCAGCGUCUUGACGUUGACCAACAAACACAAGAGCAUGUUGGGCGAGUUGGGCAACCGCCGCGCUCUGCUGCACCAAACGGUGAAGAAAGGCGAGCAGAUCUUGGCCAAGAAACGAGCCGGCCCCGGUGGGAUCCAGGAGAAGAUGCGGGAGGUCCGGCUCCGGUGGAAGAAGCUGGAGGAGGUGACGGGGUUACACCAACAACGUUUGCAGGAGGCCCUCAACUUCUUCCAGUUCAGCGCCGAGACGGACGAUUUGGUGGCCUGGUUGCAGGACACCUACCGCAUCGUCUCCAGCGAUGACUUCGGCCAUGAUGACUACUCCACCCAAGCUCUUCUGAGGAAGCACCGGGCGGUGGUGGAAGAGGUGGAGAAGCACCGACCGGCCAUUUUGGCCCUUCGGAAGCAGUUGGCUCUUCUGGCGCCGGAACACCGGCAAGGGGUGGACAUUCAGAUCCGGGUGGGGGAGGUGGAGCAGCUCUACGGGGAGGGUGUGGCCGUCCUACGGCAGCAGUGGCUGCAGGACGCCUUGGCCGUCUACCGGAUGUUCAGCGAGGUCCACGCCUGCGAGGUCUGGGUGGACGAGAAGGAGCAGUGGUUGGAGAAGAUGGAGGUGCCAGAAGAGCUGGAUGAGGUUGAGGUGGUCCAACAUAGGUUCGAGAGUUUGGACCAGGAGAUGAACAGCGUGAUGGGGCGGAUCUUGGAUGUCAACCAGGUGGUGCAGCAGUUGGUGGACGGCGGCCACCCCAGCUCGGAGGAGGUCCGCUCCUGCCAGGACCACCUCAACAGCAGGUGGAACCGGGUGGUGGAGCUGGUGGAAAGCAAGAAAGGUCAACUCAGCUCCGUGCUGAAGAUCCAGAACUACCUGCUGGAGUGCGGCGAGAUGAAGGAGCAAGUGAGGGAGAAGAGGAAAGCCAUCGAGGCCACCCAAUCGGGCGGCGGCGACCUGGGCGGCGUCUUGGCCUUACAACGGCGCCUCUCCACCAUGGAGGCAGCUUUGGUGGCUUUGGAACCGCGGUUGGUGGAACUUCAACGGGAAGGCGAAGCGUUGGCCAACUGCCACCCCGGGAGAGCCCUGGAGAUCUUGGUGCCCUUCGAGGAGAUCAGCCAAGAGUGGGAAGGUCUCAACCGAGCUCUCCAAGGUUGCGAAGACUCGUUGAGUGUCGCUGGGCGCCUCCAGAAGUUCAUCCAAGACUUGGACAACUUCUUGAGUUGGUUGGUGAAGACCCAAGAGGCCGUCGCUUGCCAAGAGACACCAGAGAGUUUGGCGGAAGCCGAGAAGAUGUUGAACCACCACGCGGCCCUCAAGGAGGAGAUCAACGGCUAUGAGGAAGACUACGCCAAGAUCCAAGCGGCCAGUGACCUCCUGGCGCUGGAGGAGACCGAGGGGCCGUACCUCUCGUUGCAGGAGUGGUUGGAGAAGCUGGACGCCGGGUGGGGGAAGCUGCUGGAGAGUUGGGAGACACGCCGAGAGGUCCUGGUCCAAGCCCACGUCUUCCACCUCUUCCUCCGCGACUUAGAGAGAAGGUUGCGGUUCCUCACCAACCGGGUAGAGAGAAGGUUGAGGUUCCUCACCAACCAGGUAGAGAGAAAGUUUAGGUUCCUCACCAACCAGGAGACCGCCCUGGUGGAGGCCGAGCUGCCGGACACGGUGGAAGGAGUGACCGAAGCCCUCAAGAAGCACAAGGACUUCACCACCACCAUGGACCUCAACCUCCAGAAG